ACGCGCUAAAUGUGAGGAUGGAUGGCAAGGUUCUUUUUGAACUAUUAGAUAUUUCAAAAAGAAAUCAGACGGGUGAAGUAAUCGACACAUAAAUAACGAGGUUUACGCCGACUCUCGGUAGAGAUUAGAAAAAAAGAGAUGUUUAACUGAAGUAAUCUUUAGCCGUGACCGUUCUUUCAGUCACGUCCAGCUGGAUAAUUGCAAUCUUCGGUACUUAGAACUUCCGAAACAGUCUGGCUGGUUUCUUUCUGAUAUAUCCUUUUGUGUCAGACGAUAUCCUAACCGUUAUCAUUUAAAUCUGUUACAUAGUCUAAUGAUUGUUUAUAGUUCUGAGUAAAUUACUGCCACUGAAAUGUCAACACGUCCUUCCUUCGUUUUAAUGAAACGGGGUGUAAGAUAGUUACCGUCACCGGGCGCAAUUAAAUUAUUAAUGAGAGGGUGAGUCUAGUUCUCGUGAUUGAUGUCUAUUCAGGAAAAUUUAACAGUCGUGCGCAAACUGGCGCACUUGUGAAUGGCUCCCAAUUUGGGCGGCAGGUGGCGCUAGCGUCGCGUUUCAACCUUACAAAUGGCGGCGCGGUUUUCUCGCACAGUGCAAGGUGGCUCCCGGUACAUACGAACAAACGCCGGGUGGUAGCGAUUGAUUUAUAAACAUUUUAGAGUGACAAUUUAUGGUAGUCAAAUAUUCGUGAACGAGGAAUCCGAAGGUUAUCGGGGUUACCUAACCUCACAUUGCUAAGGCCAAGGAGGUGCCGGCUACACCCAAGGCUGUUUCUAGUGCCGAGAGCAUAGAGUUUAAGGAAAAUUUACGUCGCAAAAGCCAUGAACAAGAGGGCUGACAAAGAUGAUACUCCGCAACAAGUUAAAGAUGCUGUCUUGAAACACAGCACUCCUCUUCCACCCAACACACCAACUGUCAAAGGAUACGAUUGGAAUCAAGGACUGGACUAUGGUGCUCUUCUUGCAACCUAUAAGACUUCUGGCUUUCAGGCAACCAAUUUUGGUUUAGCUGUCGACGAGGUUCGUAAAAUGUUGGCAGCUCGAAAAGUGCCUCUCAACGAUGAUCAGUUGGACCUCCAUGAAGAGGACGAGUUCAUCAGAAGGCGCAACGGAUGCACCAUAUUUCUGGGAUACACCUCGAAUUUGGUAUCCUGUGGAGUUCGUAGCACACUUAGGUUUUUGGUGCAGCAUAAACUGGUCGAUUGCAUCGUCACAACGGCAGGUGGAGUCGAAGAAGACCUGAUCAAGUGCCUAGCACCUACCUACAUCGGCGACUUCCACUUAGACGGCAAGGUUCUCAGGGACAAGGGCAUCAAUCGAAUAGGCAACCUCCUCGUUCCUAAUGACAAUUACUGCCUUUUUGAGGAUUGGAUUACACCAAAGCUGGAUGCUUUACUGCAAGAGCAAAAAGAAAAGGGUACCGUGUGGUCGCCGUCCAAGAUCAUAGAGAGGUUGGGUCGCGAGAUCGGAAACCCGGAAUCUAUUUAUUAUUGGGCAAGCAAGAAUAAGAUCCCCGUCUUCUGCCCAGCUCUGACCGACGGCAGCCUCGGAGACAUGAUGUACUUUCACUCCUUCCGGAAUCCUGGACUGGUGGUCGACAUUCUCUCAGAUUUAAAGAGGUUGAACACAAUGGCUGUUAAGGCAGUAAAGAGCGGUAUUGUCCUUGCCGGGGCCGGAGUGAUCAAGCAUCACAUUUGUAACGCAAACCUGAUGAGAAACGGAGCGGAUUACGCGGUUUAUUUAAACACGGCCCAGGAGUUCGACGGGAGCGACAGCGGGAGUCGUCCCGACGAGGCGGUGUCCUGGGGAAAGAUCCGCAAGGAAGCCACCCCGGUGAAGGUUUACGCCGAGGCCAGCCUGGUCUUUCCGCUGUUGGUCGGGGAGACUUUCGUGAGGGAACACUUGUCCACGAAGGAGCGUACGGUGUCGGAGGUUUGAAGGAAAUAAAGUACCUGGUCAUCUCCUACCACA